AUGGGCGCUCGAACAAGACCGUCCGCCUAUGUGCCGCCGUUGCCCUUCCAUGCCGUUCGCGCAUUGACCUUCGUUUCUGUAAUAAUCGUUGGCGGGGUUCUGGCCUCCUUCUGUGUCCAACUCACACAAGAUGAUUUCAAGUUACCAUGGACGUUCCUCGUCAUGCUCCUUGCUGACGCUGUCUUGCUUCUGUCUCUCAUGGUCGGCACCGUCCUCUACUUCUGUGUCCACCUCUCCCCACUUCUCAACAUGAUCAUGAACAUACCUAUCCUCCUCUUGUGGACGGUUGGCCUUGGUCUUCUUAUCUGGAACAUGUACGGUACACUCGGCCACUCCUGCACUGCCGCCAACUGGGGCAAUGAGGAUGGUAUCAUGAUCUGCCACCAAUACAAGGCGUUUUUUGCGUUCGUCGUCAUCGGCUGGCUGUGUCAAAUCGCGCUGAUCAUCCUGGAUGUACGUGCCCGCCGGACUCAGUCUGCUCUCGGCAGGUACAACAAAAUGCGCGACAGCCAGGAUCUCAAGAUGGAUCCGCUACACAGCCGGGAAUCAAGUGUACAUGAUUUGCCGAUGGGAACAGGCCUGGAUGGUGCCGCGCAGAGAAUGCAUAGCCAACAAGAUCAGCAACAGAUGGGUUUUGUGCAGAGAACCGAGAGCCGGCGGGUUCCCAGCAGGCAGAGCAGCUUUUACAGCACCGCGGCGCCAACAUACACGACAGAGCCGACCUAUCAGAAUACACCUUACACAUCUAACCAGGAUGGCUACCAGGCAUACAAUCCGACUCCGAGAUUUGAUCCAGCGUAUUCAGCUGGGCAUAAUGUCCAUUCUAUGCAGGAUUUUGGCUACCAGGCGCCUGCGCAGCAGACGCAGUACGAUAACUACUACAGUCGAAGGUAG